CAGUCAGUUAAUGGAGCAGUAGAGAGAAGCGAUUUUCAGAGCUUUAAAAACUUACAUUUACGCCUUUUUAAGCGUUUAAUUUGUUAGGUUAUAUCCUUAACUUUAGUUUGAAAGUACACUUCCGUGUUUUUUCAGCUGACGUUGAGCAGGACUUUGGGAAAGACAAGAAAAAAUGAAAUACAUUAUAGGAAUUGGCGGGGUCACUAAUGGUGGGAAAACCACCCUGACCAACAAGUUGAUCAAGACGUUGCCCAACUGCUGUGUUGUGCACCAAGACGACUUUUUCAAGAAACCAGAUCAGAUAGAAGUCGGGGACGACGGCUUUAGACAAUGGGAUGUGAUCACAGCCAUGGAUAUGGAGUCCAUGACCAACACAAUGAAAGCCUGGAUUGAGAACCCGGUGAAGUUUGCUCGUUCUCACGGCGUCCCGCUGUCUUCUGCACCCGAGGAGUCCAACCCGGACGAGCAGACACACAUCCUGAUCGUGGAGGGCUUCCUGCUCUACAACUACCCCCCCCUGCUGGACGUUUUUGACAAGAGCUUCUACAUCACGAUUCCUUACGAGGAGUGCAAGAGAAGGAGAAGUACGAGGCAGUACACGGUCCCCGACCCCCCCGGCCUGUUCGACGGGCACGUGUGGCCGAUGUACCUGAAGCACAGGAGAGAGAUGGAGAGCAGCGGCCUGCAUAUUGAGUGCCUGGAUGGUUUGAGCUCUAAAGAGGAGAUCUACACCCAGGUGUACGAGAGCAUUCAGAACAACCUGCUCAAUCGUUUAUAGCAGCAGGAGGACUCCUCUCCAUCCCUGUACAGAACCUGUAAAUAGUCCCGAGGAUACUUUUUUUAUGAACUUUUUUUCUAAUUUUAUUCUUUGUUCGUGAAUGUAACAAAGCAAUCUUAAUUUAUCAUUGUCUUUUUUUAUUUUUUGUUGAGUUGUGUUUGAACCCCAGCUUUACCGUUAUGUUUUGUUAAACCACUGACUUUACUGGACCCUUCGUCACAUCGUCCUGCAAAUAAACGCUUCAGUUGCUGUGGAAAAACCGUACAUCCAG